AUGGCGCGCGGAGUGGCCUCGCCCGCGCCAAACCCGCUGCCAAAAGUCUCUUUCGUGAGGGUGAACGACGAGAUCAGCCGUCAAACAACCGGAGUCGCUGAUCAAAUUGCGCGGUCCUAUGGAUACAAUGGCCCGUCCAUGUUUCAGCAGGAGAAGCACUACAUCCGGUACAUUGAACCACUGGAGAGCGAUUUGGCAGUCCAGGUUGAGUAUGACAUGGACGAGCAAGACCAAGAAUGGGUUGAUGCGCUCAACGCAGAACGGAAGGCACAGCAUCUGGACAAAAUCACCUACGAGACUUUUGAGAUUGUCAUGGAUAGGCUGGAGAAGGAAUGGUUUGACCUGACGAAGAACAUUCCCAAGACCGACAUCGCUCUGCCAUCCGAAGAUUCUACAUGUGCCAUCUGCGACGACUCUGAGGGGGAGAACGCGAAUGCUAUCGUGUUUUGUGACGGGUGCAACCUCGCCGUGCACCAAGAUUGCUAUGGUGUCCCCUAUAUCCCCGAGGGACAAUGGCUUUGCAGGAAAUGCACUGUCUCCCCGGAGAACCCGGUCUCUUGCAUCCUCUGUCCUAACGAAGGCGGGGCGUUCAAGCAAACCGUUUCCGGCGAUUGGGUCCACCUUCUCUGCGCUAUCUGGGUACCCGAAACAGCAGUGGCCAACGAAGUCUUCAUGGAGCCGAUCACGGGAGUAGAGAAGAUCUCGAAACAGCGCUGGAGACUGAGGUGUUCGAUAUGCGACGAGAAGCACGGCGCCUGCAUACAGUGCACCAAGCCGUCGUGCUUCACCGCAUUCCAUGCCACAUGCGCUAGGAAGGAGAAGCUCCUCAUGCCCAUGAAGGCAUCUCAGGGGUCGGAGGCGCCCGUUCUUGCUUGCUACUGCGAGAAGCACCUGCCGCCCGAGCAGCAGAAGGUUCGCGCGGCGGCACUCCAAAAUGAACCCGAUGACGGCGACGAGGUCGAUGGCCACACCCAGGCACCGAAGUCUAGCAAGAGCGCACGCGCAUACAACAAGACUUACAAACCGGGUCCUCCGCUCGUGCCGAAGAUAAUCGUGAACCGAAUAAUGCAAUACAUCUCUAGGAUACAUGUGCGGCACAAGCAGGAGUUCGUGCAUCUAGUCUGCCGGUACUGGAGCUUGAAACGGGAGGCGAGACGUGGUGCCCCUCUGCUGAAACGAUUGCACCUCGAGCCUUGGACCGCUUUGUCGGGCAGCAAGCAGCAGACAGAUCAAGAAAAGGCUGUGAAGCUUGAUUUGAUGAAGGUGCUCAGGAACGACCUCGAGAAACUGCAUACUAUCGCCGACCUCGUCCGUAGGCGCGAGCGCGUCAAGCAGGCUCAAGCUGAGGCCAUACAGGACGUCCUCCUGCAUUUCCUUUUCCCUCAUGAGGGUCCGCUCAGGCUGGCGUUUCAGAAAAUUACUGCACAUGAUCGCCAACACUCUUACUUCAAGACGCCAGUCAACAAGACGGAGGUUCCUGAUUACUACGACGUCAUCAAAAGUCCGAUGUGGUGGGACAAGAUAGAUCAGAAGCUGGACAGGCAUGAGUAUCUGGACCUGGCAGAGUUUAAGCGCGACAUCAACCUGGUGCUAGACAACGCGAUAACGUACAAUCAACCGGCCUCUGCCUACUACAAGACAGCCAUUCGAAUACGGAACGCCGCGCAGGCGCCGCUGGCGGAGCUGGACAAGCUCGUCCAUCACCCUGCUGGGACUGCGCCCGACGCCGAGCCUGUCGUCAAUGGGAAGAUCGAGGAGACCGAAGCUCAGUCCACCCAGCUUGAUGUUCCCAUGCCUCAGAUCGGCGACCUCGAGCCCCCUUUGGACAUCCUCGACCUUCUCAUGUCGGAAGAGUCGAUUCGUCAGGAUACAAACCUUAUCCUAACCACGACACCCAUCGAGUCCUUGCUCAACUUUGAACUGCCCCUCAUCCGACCUCCUGCCCCGCCUCCACCACCAGUCAAGAGACCCUCGUCCGAGUCUCCGCUGGAGCAGGAACGAAAACGCAGGCGGAUCGCGAAGGAGAAAGAGGAGAAGGAGAAGGAGAAGGAGAUUGAGAAGGAGAAGGAAACUGAGAAGGAGAAAGAGAGAGAGAGAGAGGAAGAAAAGGAAAGAGAGAAGGAGAAGGGCAAGAAGGGCAAGUAUGACAGAAGCGCAGCGCUCAAGCGCGCUCGCGAGGAACGGCAAGCGGCGCUCGAUGCCUCUCCAGGAUUCCGCUUGACUCGCACUCGUGCCGGGGCUGUGGCGGUAGCGGCGUUCGAAGGAGAGGCCGGUGGGACGUCAGAGACUCCGGACGGUGGCUCGGCCGCUGAAGAUCAGUUAUCUGUGGAGGCUUCCUCAAGUACCGCUCCUCCGGAUAAGCCGAAGAGGCAGAGGAAAUCGAUGGCACCGCCUGGGCAGGAUAUGCCUAUCACUGUGCAGGAUGUGGACAGCUGGCAGUCGUUCAAACUGUUUGAGCAGGGAUGGAUCUUGCCUGCAGAUCAUAAACGGCGUGGCAGGGCUACUGUUGAACGUCCGCCUCAGCCUCCAUCCAGGAAGAGAACGAAGACGAGUAAGUCACCGACGUCGGUUGACAUCACUAUCAAUGGUCUACUCAUCAGUUUCGACGACCAUGCAGGUCACAAAAAGACUCAUAAUGCCAAUGUCAGCAUGGAAUCGACAGACGGAGAAGUAACUCAUCCCUCUGCGGAGGAUGCUACCGCGGGCGAUGUUGCUCCGAAUAAUGCUGAUCCCGGAAGUUCUCGAGUUAACGGACCUGCACCGUCCGAUUCACAGGAUACCACGUCUGCAGAAGCGCUAAGGGCUCCUUCGUCCGAAGCUCCUACAAAGUUAUCUGAAAUCCCGAUACCUGCCCUGCCCGAACUGUCUGCAUCUCCAACCGCGGCCGAGGCCAUCCGACAACCGUCACCCAAACCUCCUUCACGAGCCCGUAGCAAGUCCCCAGCUUCUGCACCUCUGCAGCUGCCUGAAACAGUUCGCGACCCUCCAUCAUCUCCGCCGCCAUCAUCACCGUCACCAUCGCCGUUACCACCACACGAACAGCCUGAGCCGGAAACCAGUGCCGCCUCGCACGAUCAAGGUGUCCCGGAACCUUCAACAGUCGAAGCGCUCGGAGCGCCUCCCGAGGCGAUUGACGAGGAUAUCGAAAUUGACGUGGUCACGGUGAGCAGCCCAGCACCGGUCCUAGCGCAACCAGAGGCAAGCCUACCGCUAUCUACGGAAGCGUCUACCCUUCGCAGUGCCUCAGAUACUGGUCCGCAGUCUCCGUCUGUGCCCGAGGCGACACUGGAACCGAAACCUGAGACUGCGCCAGCCGCUGAGGCCACACAAGAGCCAAAGUCAGUGCCAGAGCCAAGCAUCAUCGAGUCGCCUGGUCGCAACGUACCGGAGACGGCAGGAGCUCAGCUUCAUGACAGUCGCCAGUCACUACAGGAAGCUCUAGAGCCUCCUGCGAAGCCUUUUGCGCCAGAGCCAGAUCCGGACGAAACGGAGGAUGAGUUUAUUGAUGGUUCAGAACCGCCCAAGCCGCCUCAACCCCUCGACAUGUCCCCACCGCCUGAACUGCGUAUGCGCCAAGAACUGAAAGCGGACCAGCCCGAUCGUAUGGAUGUCGACGAACCGCAGCACAUCGAGGUAGAAGGACCGAAGGGUUCGGAUGUCGAGCAACAGGUUCCCCUAGAACCUGUGUCCCCGGAAAUUGAUCUUGCAGAACCUACGUCUCUGGCACCCUCAUCCCCGACACAUCCAGCUCGACCUACGGCGGUGAUCGAGCAUCAGCUUCAAACAGCUGAUCAGUCUGAGUCCGAGACUCGUCCUGACGUCGACGUACCACAAGAAAAGGCACAAGCCCACGAGGAGACUACGACCGUUCCCGCUGAGGAGUCACAGCCGACACGACAGGAGGAGGAAGAGGACCGUCGUCCACGUAAGAUCAUCUGGAUUGACGUUCUUGACACCCCGGCCAUUCGUCGCGAGAAGGCCAAGCAGAAGAAGCUGGAAAAGGAAGCUCGCAAGCGCAGAGGAGUAGAGGCGUUCGUUCCCGCGCAGCCUAUCGCGGGACCUUCGCGUUUGGCGAAAGCCUUCGAUGCAGACGCGAUGGACGUGGAUUCGGAUUUAACAGACCUGACAGAUCUUGAUUCGGACGCGACAGAGGACGAUGAAUCUGUGCCUAGACCUGCAUCUUCUGCCCGUCCGAAACCUGCUGCGCCGGCUCAAAAGGACGAACCUCGGGAGCCCGGUAUGAUUGUAUUGGGAGAGGACGAAAAGGUUGAAGGUGGAACAUUAGUAUGGGCGAAGACUGGCUCGUUCCCCUACUGGCCUGCGGUCGUCUUCGAGGAGGACGACCCCGAGGUGCCCCCAAACGUCCUCGCCAUCGCUCCGGAUAUUCGCGACAACGGUAUUGCGCUCGUGCGGUUCUAUGAGAAAAAAUCGAAGAGCAAUUGGUCUUGGGUGAAAGUCAAGAACAUGCGGUACCUCGGAGAAGAUGAUGGCCUUGAUGCGGCAAUGCUCGCACCUACCAGUCGCUAUCAGAAGUGGCGAAGCGCCGCCAAGCGUGCGGAAUGCAGGGACGCGUUUCAGGACGCUCUCGCGGAGAUGGAAGGAGAGGACGAAACGCAGGCCAACAUUCUCAUCGGUGCCGGAGCUGCUGUAUCUUCUACCGGUCAGCCUCAGCCUCCUAUAUCAAACACGAGUGGAAGAAUGCCACCCCUCACCGAAGAGCCGAAUGCCACCAUUGAAGCUGCAAUGGGCGCCGACAGCCCUAUGACCGAAGUGGAGUAGACCCUGGAGACGGUUAGUCUAAUAGGUUGUAUGUUGUUAUGUUUAUUUUCAUGUUGUAUGCUCCCAAGUCUCCAGUCAGACCUAAUCGUGAACAUCUUC